CUUAACUGUGUAUAUUCGAAGUCACUGUACCGGUACUGCUCUGGCGCUGUGACCGUACCGACGUCCGACACGAAAUGAUCCAGUGCAGCGAGUCUGUAAAGCUGUCGUAACUAGUCUAGAGGUCUACUGCAGAUUUCAAGAUUUGAAGUGAAAGUUGCUUCUCAAAGGCGACAUUUACAGUCAUUCAAGAGAUCAAGAUGGUUUUGUCACCUCCAGUAAUGCGUAUAGGUCACAGUGAAGGUCAAACAGAAGUGUGCUAUGAUGAGACUGGCAAGUACAUCCUAACAUGUGGUAGUGAUGGAGAUAUCCGUGUUUGGCAGGGCUUAGAUGACGACGAUCCACAGAGUAUUGAUGUUGGUGAAUCUACUGCAGCUCUUGCCAUUAAUAGAGGAAAACUUUUUAGUGCAUCUGACGCAAACACAGUUCAAGCCUACACUUUUCCUGAUGGACAAUCAGAUGGUAUUAUUGCACGAUUUACUGCUCCCGUCUCGCACAUCUCUCUUUCACAAGAUGGACACAAACUAGUAGCUGGUGCAAGUGAUUUCAAUAUCAAAGUAGUGGACCUAGGAGAUUCAAGUCAGAAGGUUCUAGAAGGACAUACAGCUCCUGUACUCAGUGUUGCUGCAGAUCCCCUACAUCAGUAUGUGGCAUCAUCAAGUUGUGAUGGAACUCUGAAAGUAUGGAACAUAGAUGAACAGAGUUGGGAGAAAUCAUCGGUUCUCAUUCCCAAGUGCAGUGAUGUCAGUUUGUCAAAAACAUUAUGUCGCAUGGAUUGGAAACCCCACAGUGGAGAGUAUUUAGUUGUUCCAUUGGAGAAGAAGAUUGAGGUGUAUGAAAGGUCUUCAUGGGAUGUAGUAUUUACUCUGGAACCUGAAGAUGCUGGUGGAUUUGUAUCUGUUGUUUCCUGGUCACCAUGUGGGCAGUACCUUGCUUCAGCCAACACUGAUGGUACUUUGUGUUUCUGGGAUAUCAAGACAAAGAAAUGUGUUCAAAGGUCAAAGCACAAGAAAGGGCUUGCUAUAUGUGGUCUGGCUUGGAACCCGCACAUCAAACAUGAACUAGCUUUUACUGAUGUCAUGGGACAGGUUGGUGUUUUUGAAGACAUUACAUUCUCAGAUGACAAAGGAAGACUAAACAACCAGGUAGCAGAGGAUGAACUUGUAGGUGAUCUUUUUGAUGAUGCAGCAGAUGAAGACUUGCUGGAGGCAGUUAACCAAGCAACCAAUGCAGACAUUGACAAAGAUGAAUUGGAUGCCCUAGUUGAUGAUGAUGAUGAUGAUGAUAAGGUCCAUGAAGAGAUUAGAAGAGCAAAGCAAAGAUUGGCCAUGCUCACAGGAGAUGCACCUUCUAUGGAUGGUGCUUCAAAUGUUGAAGACACAGGAAGUAUAUCGGAUGUGACUGACAUAGCACCACCAGUUCUGAGUGCACCUGUCCCUGCCCAAGUUACUCCUAUGCAGAAACCAUUCAUUCCAGCAUCAACACCUAUCCACCUGUCAAGUCGAUUCAUGAAAUGGAAUUCUGUUGGAAUAAUUCGUUGCUAUGACACUGAGGAUGAAAGCUCUAUUGAUGUAGAGUUCCAUGAUACAGCUAUCCAUCAUUCUCUCCACUUUGAUAACCAAAACAACUACACCAUGGCUGAUCUCUCUAAUGAUGCUGUCCUACUUGCUUCCGAGAGCAAUUUAGAAAAUCCAAGCCUGUUGAUGUGUUAUCACUUUUUGUCAUGGGAUAACCAGAAAGAAUGGUCUACAUCCUUGCCUAAAGGAGAAAAUAUCAAGGGAUUAGCAAUUGGAGGAGGAUGGAUUGGUGUUGGAAGUGACAAACGCCUGGUGAGGUUGUAUAGCACAAGUGGUAUUCAGCGAGAGAUCUUCUCUUUACCAGGACCAAUCAUCUCAAUGGCUGCACAUGGAGAUAAAUUAUUAGUUGCAUAUCAUGCAGGAAUUGGUGUACCUGGUGAUCAGUGCAUUGGAGUAAAGCUAUUGACUGUGUUUCAGAAGAAACCUGAGCUAGCCUUUGAAGGACAGUUACCAAUGAGUCCCAAGACUACAUUAGCAUGGAUUGGAUUUACAGCAGAAGGUACUGCAGUCAGUGCCGAUUCAGGAGGUGUGAUCCAACUCUUCAACCGUAAGCUGAUUUCAUGGACACCAGUAGCACACACAAAAAACCAUACAAAGGCUCAUUCUGAUUGCUAUUGGAUUGUGGGAGUUCAUGAGAAACAGCAGCAGAUCCGAUGUAUUGCAUGUAAGGGAGCUCCGUUUCCUCCUACUUUACCACGUCCAACGGUUACUAUCCUACCACUUCAACUACCAUUGUGUGAACUCAAUACAGAGAAGGGUCAAAUGGAGGAAACUUACUGGAGAUUGAAUCUGUUGAGCCAGCAUCUCGGUGAAACUGACAAUGAAAUGAUUCAAGCUAAGAUGGAGAGAGACCAACAAGAUAAUCUCAUGAAGUUAUUUGCUCUUGCAUGCCGUUCAGAGAGAGAGUUUCGUGCUUAUGAAGUAUGUAACCUGAUGACAUCCCAUCAGAGUGUAAGCUUGGCUAUUAAAUAUGCCAGUAGAUCACGUCGUAUGGCUCUUGCACAGAGACUAAGUGAGAUGGCCAGUCGAUUAAUGGAGGAGGAAGAAGAAGAGGAGGAAGAGGAAGAAGUGUUACUUCAUCAUGACAGAGUUAUUCCAAGUAAUCGAUUGGCAGCAACAGUGAAUGAAAACCAGACUAGUCGGGUUAAUCACCUUCGGGACAGUGAUGAAGAAUCAGAGAUCAGAGAAGAGGAGGAAGAAAUGGAAACGGUCCCCACAUUAAAUCUUGAUACCAAACAUGAGAAAAUUCCAUCCUUGUUACCUUCGAGUCAAGGAAGAAGAAACCCAUUCAAGAAGCAGCAGGACAGAGCAGGCUCUAAUCCAAGAGGAACUAAUGUGUUUGAUGAAAUGAAGAAGAAAUCACCAGACACAAAGAUUCAAGUCAAGCAAGGAAAGAUAUCACACAAGAUAGCAACAAGUAAUGGAGAUGUCACCAAACCAAGAACUCAAGCAACUUUGUUUACUUCCAAGACAAAACAGAGUCAGGAGACAACAGAUACUUCAGCUCGAAACAAAAAGAAGCCAUCAGCUUUCAAUUUCUGGUUGUCACAAAAUCGUGACUCAUUGGAGGAGGAGAGUCCUGAACUGGGUGCUAGUGAGAUCAUCAAAGUGGCAAUGCAGACAUGGAAAAACCUGUCAAAUGAUGAGAAGAAGGAAUGGGAAGAGAAGGCAGCAGAGUCAGUCACCGAGGCGAUCGAGCAAGAUCAUCUUCCAGAUACAAAACCUGAAAAGAAACAUCCAGAAACUAAGCAGUUGGAUAAGAAGAGAAAACUGGCUGAUAAUGAGGCAGAGAAGGGAGAAGAAAAGAGAAGUAAACCAGGAAGACCUAAAGUCAUGGAGAAGGAUUCUAAGAAACAACCAUUGACUGUAGCAACCAAUGCCAAAUUGGCUUCUUUUGCAUUCAAAAACUGAUUCAUCUCACCAUCACAUGCAGGCUGUAUAAUAAUGCAUUACCAAUAUGCCAAGUAGCAUUUAUUUACACAAUGAAAAUUCCAUGUUUAUCUAAAAAAAAAACUCCACGUUGUCUUCUUCAGCUGAAUACAAACACUCCUUGUUCUUUGCCUUUUCCCUACAAACAACAGCUACUGCAGUUUAUGAACACAUGCAUGCAAGCAAUAAGAUGACAAGAUAUACAAGUUCCUUCAUCUUAUUGAACUAGGCUUUGUUUGCAAAGGUCUUCCUUCCCCUCUUCUCUCUCUCUCUCUCUCUCUUAUUCACCACUAUGCAAGUUUACAAGGAAAACAAAUCUUUAUCUCACAGAAAGCUGUUUACCUGGGAUGGGCAUGUAAUGUAUGUAGGCAAUUAUGUGUAUACUUUCAUGUGUAUACUGCAAUCUGUUUCAUUACUAGUAAUAAAUCAUGAAUCAAAGACUAGAUAUUCGAUCAAACAAUUUUAAAAAAGAUUGGUAGGAACUUGACUCAACAUGUGGAGUCAUUGUUAUCUAAGGUACCUAUGCAGAAUGAAUGUAUGUGUAAUACUUGUACUUGUAAAUUUGUUUUCUUUUUGUUGUACUCUCAGACCCUGGGAGGGGGUUAAUACAUACUAUACUAUUAUAUGUAAAUUGUAGAUCAUUAUUAAAUGGAAUAAUUAAGGUUUUACAUAAACUGGAAAUUGUAUUUGAGCAAUGUAUUGACCACUUUUGAGAUGAAUACUACCCAUCUAACCUAUUGACUUGUGUGUACAAGGAAGCUUUAACCUUUAUCUAUUCACUUACACUGUACCUAUAGAUUUGCAGUAAUAUUCAUCAUGUAUUGUAUUGUAUUGUAUUUAUUAAACUUCAUUGAUGUACAUCAAUAUUCUGUUUAUAAACAUAUAAAUCAAUUUACAAUGUAAACAAAAAGCUUAAAUAAUUAUCAUUCAAAGUCAUACAUUAUUGUUUUAUAUCCCACUGCUGUACUGUGAUAAGUAUUUUUGUAUGGGGUGGCUCUAAAAUGCCACAUGAUUUUGUAAACCCCAGAACUUUAUUCAGAUUUCUUUAAUCCUAGAUCAUAGAUAGCAAAGAUAGAAAAGCGAGAAAUGAGAGGUAGGAGUAAUUUAUAUUCCGGCACCUGGCCAGGCUCGUAGAUUCAAACAAUGUUAAUGUGCACCAUAUAAUUGCAAGCCCUAUCUCCAAUCAACACACUGAGAUUGCAUAGGGAUCCAUGGAGUGAAAGGGUCGUAUGCAGAAGUUAGUAAAGCCAUGAUUUAGCAUUCCAUUCCAGUCACAUAUUUACAUUAAUAUGCAUCAGAAAUCCUUGAAGGGAAGAAAUAUCAGAUGUUUUCACUCUUUGUCAUUAAAAAUGUACAUCCGCUUUUUGACAGUGAAUGCAUAGUUA